AUGUCAAUACCUGACGAAACAUUAAGAAAGGUUCUUUUUGAACUACAAAAUCGGCUUGUGGAGAAUAACCGUCAAUUGGGGGCAGUCAAAGCACAAAUUGUUGGCAAAGAACGUGAAAAACGAAUUGCCGAGUUGACAAAAAGCGAGUUAGUGGCAUUAUGUGAGGGAGAUUCAGGUGGUAAAGGAAAAAAUAUCACAACAUAUAAAGCUGUAGGAAAAGCUUUCUUUCGAACUGACUUGGGUGUGCUUCUUGAAGAACAUAAUGUUCAUGUCUCGAAAAUGACUUCAGAUUUAAACGCGCUAGAACAACAAAAAAAGUAUUUAGAGCGAAAUAUCAAUGAGAGUCAGACUGGUUUACGAGAAGUUUUAGGUCGAUGA